AUGUCCAGCUCGGGGUUCAGACGCAGCAGUUGUCGCGGAGGCUCUUGUGGCGCUCGAACCCCAGCAGAGGCCCACAGACGCAGAAGCUCCAGCUGCUUUCCCCCAGCACCGCAGGCGGACCACUUCAGCCUCAACCAGCCCCUCGUCUCCAUCGCUCUGCGCCUCUUCUUGGCUGUGGACCUGUGGCUGUCCAAGCGCCUCGGUGUGUGCUCGUGUGAAGAGGCUGCAUGGGGGAGCAUCCGGCCCCUGGUGCGGCUGGUGGAGUUCUCCGGACACGCAGCCCCUUGGCUCUUUGGCGCCGUGUACUCGCUCCUGCUUGGGGACUCCGCAGAGGAGAAGGAGAUCAUGCUCAACCUUACCCUGGCAUUACUUCUAGACCUAAUGAUGGUCAGACUUCUGAAAAAGAUGGUUAGACGACGAAUGCCUGUUCAAAACCGAUCGGACAUCUUGUCUACCUUUUUUGUAGAGAAGUAUUCCUUCCCCUCAGGCCAUGCCACACGGGCUGCCUUGUGCGCUCGCUUCCUGAUGGCCCAGCUGGUGGACACUUACUCAAUGCGGGUGCUGGUCCUAGGAUGGGCCUCUCUGGUCAGUCUGUCCCGACUGCUUCUGGCCAGACAUUAUGUGACUGACGUGGGAUUCGGCCUGGCCAUGGGCUACUGCCAGUAUGGACUCGUGGAGCGUCUGUGGGUGUCCUGGGACUGUCUGCAGGACGUCCUGCUGCUCAAAGUGAGGGAGAGCAUUGCCAGGGCCUACAGCCAACUGUGGAGCCUAGACUGGGGUCUGUAG